UCUGUCUCAAGUGAGCUCCCCAGUCGAUUAUGAGCAGUUGUUAAACACGCAUUUGAAGUGGAUCGUCGACCCCGUCAUCUACAAACAACAACCGAAAACUGGAUUCCAAAUGUGUGGAACUGGGGCAGAUGACAGAUAAUUACGAUAUCGUUUCGUUUUUCUGAAGUUGUAGCAUCGAUUUUGCCGCAGAAUGACUCCCGGACAGUCGAAUUCUACUGCCCCCAUAGGCCCGGCUCCAACAACCACCACAACCGAAGAAACUCGCGUUAUGGUGGAACAAACUAGACAGGCCAAACGAACUGAGCGUAAGAAUCUGCAGCUACACAUCAAUGGGGAGCUGGAACGAAUUUUGGAUCGAGAUGAGCUGGACGAGGGCGCCAUGCAAACGAUCCUGGAAGACUACCGGAUUGUGGCGCUGUGCGAGCUGGUGGAGGAAAUGAAGGACUGGGAUACCCUGACGACUAUUCCGGAACCAAAAAGCUUCCUAUUCUAUGCCAAGAUUCAGCCCAAUCUGGCGCGAAUGCUCGAGAACAACGUUCGCUUCCUGCCCUACUUGAAGCCGUUCCUAGUGCGGUUCGAUGCCGUGAAUGAGAAAAUCUCCCCGGAUCUGAAUGCACCGCUGCACUACGCGGCCGAGGCGCUAAACAUCGAGUUCCUGAAAUGGUUGCUGGAUCAACCGGGAAUUGCAGUGGACAGCCGCAACAAGCAGCGUAAGACGGCCCUGUUUCUGCUGUGCGAGCAGUACGACGUUGCCAUCAACAGUCCCAAGUUCAAGAAACGGGCCCUGAAGGUAUCGAAGAGUUCGGCCCAUGUGGACGACAUCCGGCACUGUAUUUUGCUGCUGUUGGAACGGGGUGCUGAUUUUAAUGUUUGCAGCGAUCGAUUGAAGUUGCCGUUUGAGCUGUUGAAGAAGAAUACCAGCGAAGAUAAUCGGGAGUUUUUGAAGCAAUGUAUUGAACGAUAUUCGUGUGCCAUAGCCAUAAGCAAGACAAACGAGCUGAAGCGGCGUGUAGUUGCAUUUUAUCAGGCGAAGGCUCCGGUCAGGAUAACGGUUGAACUGCUGGAGCUGUACUUGAGAUUUGAGCAGGAAGAUGUAUUUUCGACGGAGCUGGACAAGUUUGAUAUCGACCAGUCUAAUGUUCGAGAAGUGAUACGAUUACUUUUGCACACGGCUGUUGAGCUGAAUUUGGAGAACAGUGUGAAGAAACUGGUUCGGUGCGCUGGAAAAGAAAUGUUUUCGGUGAAAUGCAUUCCUAGGUUUAACACUAGGGCAGUAGUGGUUUAUGACGAUGAUAAAAGUUCGGAACUGACGUAUCGGCUCGAGUUGAAAGGACUUCUGAAGAAAGCAUGUGAAUGUGGAAAUGUGGCCACUUUGAACUUGUUGCUCUUGAAUAUUUCUGAUAAAGUACUGAUCAACGAUGACCCAAUUUUGGUUAUGACGUUGAACAGAGCUCAUGAGCUGUGGAAACGACCUGAACAACGUGCAAAUGUCUUGCAAUGUGCAGAACUGCUCGCUAAAGAUCAGAAAAUAUUUUUGACGCGCACGGACAAUAACGGAAAUACUGCUGUUCAUAGUGCAUUGAAGUAUGGAUUCCACGACAUAGCGCUGGAUAUGCUGCAACAGAAGUACGCUUUCUUGGGCGUGAAGAACAAAGAUCAAAUGACUCCGCUGGAUUAUGCCCGGUAUGAUUUUUGGAAACUUUAUUUCGACCAGUGCGUAACGAUAGACGUUCGAAGAUCGUAUUUCGAUCGGAGUGAAAUUCGACUUAGUCUUAAUGGUUUUGAUCCUUUCAUUUUCAAGAAAAAAGUCGGCAAGAAGUCUAACACUCGUAGCGAUGCAAACUUAUGGAGAAUCGUGGAAAAAGCUUCGGCAAGUAACGUUGUUCAACAGAAACAAGUGGAAACUUUCGUUACCGAAAUGGAUCCCGUCAAAAUCAUUGCCAAGUCAAAGGAUCUCAAGCGGCUUCUGAUUCACCCUGUAGUGUACACUUUUAUUCUAGUGAAGUGGUUACGACUUUCGAAGUGGAGCUACAUAAACCUGCUUUGUAUCUUAGCAACUGUUACAAGCUUUGGACUGUUGUCUCUAGAUUACUGCAACGACGGUGAGGCAUCCAUAUUUAUUACCAUUGCAACGAUCAUAGGGGUGAUCUACAUGAUCUGUAGAGAAUGUCUGCAACUAUUAUUCCUCAGAGGAUCGUAUUUUCUAGCUUAUGAAAAUUAUCUGGAUAUCGCAACAAUUGUCAGUAUUUUCGUCGUUUUAUCACGAGGAUGUGACUCGAUUCUGUCAUCUCUGAUUGUGAUCGCUUUCGCCAUGCAACUCACCGUACUCAUAGGAUCUCUACCGUUUAACAGUUUGUCCACCUAUAUGUACAUGUUCCAAACCGUGGCUGUGAACUUCAUUAAGAGCUUCCUACUCUUCAUUCCGCUGCUGGGAGCAUUCACCUUCGGAUUUUACCUUUCGUACAACGACAAAACCAAAAAUUCAACCAUGCCCGAAGAAGACAAUGACUUCAAUAACUUCGCUACCUUCUCAGACGCGGCCUUGAAAACCCUAAUCAUGACCACCGGAGAGUACGAAGGAGCUGGGAUGGACUUCAGCGAUGGGAAAAUCAUUAUCUUUGUGCUGUUUCUUUUCUUCGCACCGAUCGUAAUACUGAAUCUGAUCAACGGCUUGGCCGUGAGUGACAUAACGUCGAUCAAGGAGGAAUCGGAGCUGAUCAGUAUCAGUAAAAAGGUGCUCAUUCUCGAGCGUUACGAACGAGGCGUUCGCAACAUUCCGUUCGAAUUUAUCCGGAAGCAUUUCCCUUGCUCAUUUUUUGAGGAUCACUCGUACGUGAUAGUCGUUCGGCCGAAGGAGUUUCGCAAAAUUCUAGUUCAGCAUCUUACGAAAUGUGCUCCGAAUCCAUUGACCAGCAAACAGCAGCAGCCUCGGGGAGGUCUCAAAGGGGACUGGCGAGUGGUUCCAAAUCUCCCGGGAGCCUAUUUUGUUCGAGGAACCGAGGGAUUCUUCGUCAACCUUCGAUUGCUGAAAUUUCCUCUGUUCUCAACGUUGGACGAUCACAUAAUGGAUGAAGCGCUUAGAAUCGUCGAUCAAAGUGUUCUGAUACGAGAGAUAAUGGACAACCGUCGGUAUGAAGUGGACGAGAAUCCGGCGGCAUUGGAAACGGAUUUGAAGCUGGAAGAAAUGCGGCUGCAGAUCGAGAAGAUGAGCAAGCAGCUCGGAAAAUUGGUCUCCCAGAAAGCGGCUCCCACUGGCAAAGCUCCGGUCCGGAAGCGAAAAAACAACACCAAGAAAGAGGAUACGGUAGAUCAACUCAAAAAAGUCACCGAAGUCGCCAGAGCGGUGAAAAAAUUUAGGAAGCACAGGAAAAACAAGUAGGUAAUCUUAGGUUACUAGUUGCUGAUUUUGAUAUUUUAAUAGAUAGAUAAUUUAAAAGUUAUGCGUACCUACAAUGGCAUUAGUUUGUCGAUUUUGAUAAAUGUAUUAUAACUCAGUGAAU